AUGGACUUUGAUUCAAAUUCAUCUAGUUCAUCAAGUUCAGGAGUUUUUGAAUAUAUGGUGAACGAUUAUGCCGAGUGGAACGAAUCAAUUACUCAACGACAAAGAAGGGAGUAUGUACUAAGAGACCUUGAAGAUGUUGACUCAAGGUUAUACAACUACUACUUUAGUCCAAAACCACUUUACAAUGGCGCUAUGUUUCAUCGCAGAUUUCGCAUACAUAAACAUGUUUUCCAGCGCAUUGUUACAAAACUAAGUGAAAAUGACGUAUGCUUUCAACAAAGGCAUGACUCUACCGGAAGACUCGGCGCAUCUGCAUUAACAAAAUGCACUGCAGCUAUGAGGAUGUUAGCUUAUGGCUUGGCAGCUGAUGCAGUUGACGAAUACCUCAAAAUUGCAGCAAGUAUAGCUAGAGAAUGUCUUGGACACUUUGUUGAAGGGGUUAUCUCAAAUUUUGGACAGGAAUAUUUGAGGAGGGAGACAUCCAAAGAUGUAGAACGACUUCUUUGUGAAAGUAAUGCUCGUGGAUUUCCUGGUAUGUUAGGGAGUAUUGAUUGUAUGCAUUGGGAGUGGAAAAAUUGUCCACGUGCUUGGAAAGGAAUGUACCAAGGAAGAAGUAAAACAGCAACCAUCAUUUUAAAAGCAGUUGCGUCACAAGACUUGUAG